UUCUGCUCCUGGAGAAGGAAUUUACCAGAUUGGAUUGAGUCCCAAAGAGCAAAUCAGCUAAGGAUUGGAACAUUGCUCAAAAUAUGAAGAUGUUAUUGAUAUUAAUAUUCAUAAUUACUGGGACACAGACUUUCAUGGCCCAGAAACCAGUUCCCAAGCCUGUUGAUAUUAUAUUUUUGGUGUCCAGUAGUAAUAUAUCUUUCCCUCAUGUCAAAACAUUUAUUAGUACAGCAAUCAAGAGUUUACCUUUUGGGCCUAACGAGUAUCGCAUUGCACUUGCUCAAUAUAGUGAUCAAGUAUAUAGUGAAUUCCAACUGGAUACCUACAAAGGGAAGAAUCCAAUGUUAAAUCAUAUCAAAAAGAAAAUGGUACUCAAAGCUGGCUUCUUAAAAACUGGCAGUGCUCUCUACCAAAUACAUGAGAUCGAUUCCUGGAAACCAGUUCCUGGAGAAGACAGGUCCAAGAUUUUGAUAGUGAUCACAUCUCAACAAUCUAAAGAUGAUAUAAAAGAAGCUGGUCAGCUACUGCAGAAAUCUGGAGUAAAGGUCAUUUCAAUUGGGGUGGAAGAUGCCUCUUCUGGCGAACUACGUCUGAUGGCUACAAAGCCAUUUUAUUUCUUCUUUCCUAGAAUAGAAGACCUUAGUGUAUUUGCUCAGAAUAUUUCUAGGAUCGUAGUUGAUGCUAUUCACAUAGGUAAUAAUGAUACAAAUCUUUUAAAUAUGGCAGCUGUGAACAUGAACUACAGAACAGUAUUAGAAGCGUGUCAUGGUGAUGGAGUUGCUGAUUUGGUAUUUAUCGUGGAUGCAGGUUCUCCACAAACAAACUUUGAAAAGAUGCAGCAAUUUUUAGGAAACCUUUUGUCUUCUUUGGAUGUGAAGGAGAAAUGCAUAAGAAUAGGCCUAGUGACUUUCAGCACUAAGCCCCAGAUGAUAUCUUCACUGCAGAUGGCAACUGAUAGAAUUAGUGUCCUGCAAUAUAUCCAGGGACUAUCGCCUAAGCCAGGAAAAGCCAACAUAGGUUCUGCCAUUAAUUUUACAAGACAGAAAGUCUUCAGUGCCAGUGCUGGAAGUAGGAAAGCGCAAGGGGUAGAACAAAUAGCCAUUCUGAUCAGUCACAGAUCUUCAGAAGACAGUGUGAGAGAUGCAGCUAAACUGCUCAGAAGAGCUGGUGUGACUGUGUUUGCCAUUGGUAUUGAAGAGGCUAAUAUUACCCAACUAACCCAGGUUGCUGCUUACCCACCAACACGAUAUGUUACUCAGCUAAGCACAUUUUCUCAUUUGCUCAAUACAUCUCUGAAUUUUCACAAGAAAAUUAUGAAUCAAAUACAGGAAAAACUCUACAUGGAUACCAAAAGAACAGAACUUCUGAAAAAAGGAUGUGUGGAUAUGGAAGAAGCUGAUAUUUAUUUUCUCAUUGAUGGUUCAUCAAACCUUGAUUAUUUUGACUUUGUGGAUCUCAAAUUAUUUUUGAAAGAAGUGGUUAAGUUGUUUACCGUAGGCCCAAAUAAGGUCCGCGUUGGAGUUGUGCAGUAUGCAGAAACCAGUGAGCUGGAAUUUGAUCUUGAAGAAUAUGGCAAAAUAAAUGAUAUAUUGAAAGCCAUUGAUAACAUUCGUCAGAUUGGUGGGACUCCCCACACAGGAGCAGCUUUGACAUUCAUUCAUCCCCUGUUCAGGAAGUUGCAAGGUCAGCAUUCCAGAAGUGUGCCCCGGCAUCUAAUUGUGUUAGUAGACCAGAUAUCAAAAGACCAUGUGGAGGAGCCUGCCAAGAGAUUGAGGAAUGAGAAGAUCAAUCUUUAUGCCAUUGGUGUAGGACACACUAAUGCAUCUCAAAUCUAUACAAUUGCAGAUUCAACCAACCAAGCUUAUUUUGUGAAUGAUUUUGCCUCUCUAAAGUACAUAAAGAAUGAAGUUGUUCGGGAGAUCUGUGUUAUGGAAGUCUGCAAGGAAAAGAAAACAGAUAUUGUGUUUCUGGUAGACAGCUCUAGAAGCAGCGGGACUGAGGACUUCGAGAAAAUGAAGAACUUCAUGAGGGAGCUGGUGGACAAAUCUGAUGUUGGUCCAGACAGAGUGCACAUUGGAGCUGUCCAGUUCAGUGACAAAUGCCAAGAAGAAUUCCAACUCAACCAAUACUUGACAAAACGAGAUAUCAAAAAUGCUAUUGGGAGAAUGACUCUUAUGGGACAGAGCACGCUCACUGGAGGUGCCCUGCAAUUUGUGUCCAAUUAUUUCAAGCCUGCCAAAGGGGCACGACUGUAUGUCAAGAAAGUUCUUAUUUUGAUGACUAAUGGAGAAGCACAGGAUGAGGUGAAAAACCAUGCAGAAGCUUUGAGAGAGGAAAAUAUCAUCAUCUAUUCAGUGGGGAUGUUCCAGGCUAACAAAACGCAGCUGAUGGAGAUCAGUGGGAAGCCUGAGAUGGUCUUUUAUGUAGAAGACUUUGAGGUUCUAAAGCACUUCAAAAGUGAGAUCCUCUUUGAAAUAUGUAGCCCUUACGAUGAAUGCCGAAGAAUAGAACGUCUAGAUAUUGUGUUUGUCAUUGAUGGUUCUGGAAGUAUAGAUCCCAAAGAAUAUGAUAUUAUGAAAGAUUUCAUGAUUACCUUGGUGAAAAAAUCUGAUGUUAGCCAUGAUCAAGUUCAGUUUGGAGCAGUCAAAUAUUCUGCAGAGCCAGAAACAUUUUUCUAUCUCAACCACUUCAAUACCAAAUCGGCAAUCAUUAAGGCUAUUCAGAAUGAUAAGCCUAUUGGGGAAACGACAUAUACAGCCAAGGCAUUGCGACAUUCAGAAAGCCUUUUCUCUAAGAAGCACGGCAGCCGUAAACACCAGAGUGUUCCCCAGGUUCUCAUAGUGAUAACCGAUGGGGAUUCUCACGACACAGCAGAACUUGAUGAAGUAUCAAAGAAUCUCAGGGCUCACGGGAUUAUGAUCUAUGCUAUUGGGGUAGAAAGAGCCAAGCCAGAUGAACUCUUGACCAUGGCAGGAUCUGAAGACAAAUAUUUUUAUGUAAAUACAUUUGAAGGCCUGAAAAAUCUCUAUCCCAGGUUAUCUGAUAACAUUUGUGGCAUUUCAAAGCCAGAAUGUGGAAUUCCAGCAGAUCUGGUAUUCCUGAUUGAUGGUUCUAAUAGCAUAAGUGACAGUGAUUUCACUAAGAUGAAGAAUUUUUUGCAAGAUGUAGUUCAUCCAUUUGACACAGGUCACAAUGUGCAAGUUGGUAUUGCUCAGUACAGUGACAGAUACCAAGAAGAAUUCAGCCUGAAUAUUUUCCCACGCAAAUCAGAACUUGAAACUCAAAUCAGACACAUUCAACAGAUGGAAGGACUUCAGACAUAUAUCGGUGCUGCCCUCGAGAAAGUGAAGCUCUACUUUACUCCAGAAGGUGGCAGCAGAAUAAAUGAGAAGAUCCAGCAAAUUUUGCUGGUGAUCACUGAUGGCAGGUCACAUGACAGAGUUGUUCAAGCAGCAGAAGAUCUGAGAAAGAAAGGUGUUGACAUAUACGCCAUAGGAGUAGGGAGAAUUGACCAUUUGCAGCUUAGUCAGAUAGCUGGCUCCUCAGACAGGAAAUACACAGUUGAUAAUUUCAGCGAACUGAAGGUAAUUAAAAAAAGACUAGUUGAUGAUAUUUGUGAGGAAGAAGAUAAAACAUCAUGCUUCAUGGAUAUUGUUGUGGGAAUAGAUGUCUCUUCACAAAGUCAAGGUGAUUAUGUAUUCCACGGACAGCCCCAACUGGAAUUCUAUCUUCCUCAAAUUAUGAGCACUCUCACAUCUUUAACUAGCCUAAGCUGUAAUGCGGGAUCACAGACACAAACCAGUGUGGCACUGAAAAUUAAGAACACAGAUCCGCCAGUGACGUCAAAAUUCCAAAUUGAUAGUGAAAAACUUAUAAACAGUCUUUUGGGUGCUACUAUCAAGAAUGCCUCUCACCUUACUGGAGAGUUCUUGGAUUCACUUUGGGAAACAUUCCAAAUCAAAUCUGCAAACAGAAGGAAAGUACUACUAAUAUUCUCAGAUGGCUUGGAUGACAGAAUAGAAAUCCUGGAAGGCAAAUCAGAAGAAUUGAAGAAAAAAGGAUUGGAUGCAUUGAUAACUGUGGUUCUGGAAGGAGCUUCAAAUUUUAAUGACCUGCAAUACAUUGAAUUUGGCAAAGGCUAUGGCUACAAGACCCAGCUGAAUAUUGGCAUGAGAAACAUUGCUAGUCAAUUGUUCAAAUACAUGAGUAACAUCGCUGAACGGACUUGUUGCUGUGUGUACUGCAAAUGCAUUGGUGAAGAAGGACAACCAGGUGACCAAGGAAGAUAUGGAAUGGAGGGUCCUCAAGGUGUUGAAGGAAGUCCAGGACACUUAGGAGACGAAGGGGCACCUGGUUCAAGAGGGUUGCCAGGACCAGAUGGCGAGAAAGGUUACGGGGGCUGCCGCGGCAAUAGAGGCUCUAAGGGACAAAGAGGAAUAACUGGCCAGAAGGGAAGCAAUGGGGAAGAAGGAUUUGAUGGCAUUAAUGGAGAGCCAGGCUCUCCUGGGCUUCCGGGAUUUAAAGGAGAAAAAGGUGAUCCUGGCAAUCAGGGCAGCCCAGGAGUCAAGGGAAUCCCUGGUGAAUUUGGUGAAAAGGGUUUCCAAGGAGAUCUGGGCAUUCCUGGCAUAAAUAAUAACAUAGCAGGACCAAAAGGUUUGGAAGGAAAAAAUGGAAGAGAGGGUGAAAAGGGUCCCUUAGGCCCCACUGGAUUUCCAGGAUCCAAAGGAACCAAAGGACACCAAGGUAGAAGAGGUCACCAGGGCCCCCAG